AUGGGCAACUGGUCGACGGAGGAGGAGGUGGUCGUACUGUACUACGCCUCGCGUGAGAUCAGGUACUGCACCAUCAUCGAACUCCUCCAGCAUAAAUGUCAUACCUCUGUCCACAAAAAGGCAAGUCUCACCAACCGGUUGCGCAAACUCAAAAAUGCCUCUCAGGACGCUGGUCUAGGCCAAAUGCAAAACACGACGAUUAACACCGGUCAAGCUCGACCAUGGGAUCGAAAGGUCGUCGAUUCGUGGCUUGUCCGCAUGAUGGAGAAGGGCAAGCUGGAGAAAGUGCUUGAAUUUGAUGGUGCGACUGCCGCCAUCAUUGAGCCGGACCACGACAUCGACAAGUUUUUGGAUACCAUGACUCUCAAUGUCUAA